GCCCGAGACUUAGUAGGAGGGACGGUCGAGUCUCUUUGCUAAGUGGCUUGUUCAGUGGUGAGAGACUGUACUGUUGAGACAAGGGUUGGUGGAUCGACAGAAACAUGGAAACAGAUUCAUCUUAUAACCUCACUUCGACAGCAGCGCCAGUUGCCAAUAUUCAAAGGCCAACGAAUACUCAUAAAUACAUGAAUACAAUUUCGCUGAUCAUCCUUUGUCUGGUGUUCCUGUUUGGAACGGUGGGGAAUGGCUUGGUGAUCUAUGUGACCGGUUUCAGAAUGAAAAGAACAGUCAACUCAAUCUGGUUCCUCAACUUGGCUUUGGCUGACUUCCUCUUCACCAGCUUUCUGAUCUUCCUAAUCAUCUCCCUGGCCAAGGACUACCACUGGCCUUUCGGAUGGUUUAUGUGCAAACUCAGCUCCGUCAUCGCCAUCGGCAACAUGUUUGCCAGCGUCUUCUUCCUGACGGCCAUAAGUGUGGAUCGCUGCCUGUGCACAUGGGUGGUGGUGUGGUCCCAGAACCACAGGACCGUCCGGAAAGCUCAGCUCAUAUGUGUUUGCAUCUGGCUGGCUUCUCUGGCCUGCAGCAUACCCUAUGGACAUUCUAGAUGUGUUUACAGCCGAAAAAAUUUCACUGUUUGUGCACUAUCCCUGAAGGCCAAUAAACUGGCCCUCACUCACUUCCAAUUCUUCAUGGGCUUCCUCAUCCCCAUGCUGGCCAUAACGGGGUCUUAUGUGGCCAUAGGUAUGCGAAUGAGGCGCUUCAACCGAGCUAAGAGUAGGAAAUCUCUCCGCAUUAUUAUUGCCAUUAUCCUUGCAUUUGUAGUAUGCUGGGUCCCCUACCACGUGCAUAAGUAUAUAGAAGCAUAUGGCAACAAGGACAAAAUUGUCACAAUUCGAAGAUUUUUGGGACCAUUAUCAUCAAACCUGACCACGGUAAACAGCUGCCUGAACCCCCUGCUCUACGUCUUCAUGUGUGAUGAAUUCAUAAAGAAGCUCAAACAAUCUCUGUUUCAUGUCCUGGAGACUGCAUUGGCUGAGGACUACCUGUCCUUUGCUACAAAUAAUUCCCGAUCUAAUAUCUCACGCCUUUUUAGGAGGUCUGAGUCUGGUUCAUCUAACAAGAAGAACGAAACAUCUGCAACCAUAGCAGAAACCUUCACCCAAGUUCCUACUGGUGAGGAAUAAACAAUCCACAACAGACCAACCCCUAGCUUGAAUUUAUGUGAAUUAAUUUAGUAAACAUUUACAACAGUGACCGCUACCAGGAAGGCCUAUGAAGCAUAGCGUCCUGUAUUAAGCAUUUAAAUAUUGUGCUUGAAGCUCUUGAAGUGUUUAUAUUUGCACAAUCCACUGAAUGGUUUGUAUUGUAUUUGUUUCUAAAUGUUCUACCUGUAACAUCUUUGUUAAAUGCUGUUUGACAGUCGACUGCCAUUAUAAAGACUGCGGUCAAUGAUGGAAAAUAAAAUGUUCAUCAUA